GGCCUUGCAGAGCUGGCAUGGCAAUGACGCCACCGAACGCGAACCAGCACCGACUGCCAUUUUAACAGGCAACAUUUCAGGAUGGUCGCCGUACGAGGUGUACUCUUGGCCACCAUUGUCUUAACGCUCAUUUUGGGUAGCAGCUAUGGAGGAUCGCUCCGACAAAGCUUUAGCAGUGACAACUCAUCUGAUGACGAUGUUCUGUCCCGUUGGAAGCGAAGUCCUCAAAAAACACAAUCGAAAUUAAAAUCAAAGCCGGUACAAUCAAAAGGCGUGAAUCUUGAAAUCGACUGCAUCUCAGUUGCAUUCGAGUGGUGUCAAAGCUGCUGCUACGUCCCCCUUCUUCCGACAAAAGAAUCGCAGAAGAGGUGCAUUAAUCGAGAAGGAACUGUACACAGCGGUCUCUUGCACACAGUUAGAGAGAAAUUCAUGAAGAAAUACUGGAAAGGAGAGAAAAAACUUUCCAAGCCAAACGAUUUCAACGCGAAAGCUCAACAUUUUGUUGGAAAUCCUGCGAUGUUCGUUUCGUGCGUUCUAAAAGACGUUAAGAUCGCUAAAGAGGAUGGAAAAAUUGAUACACCGGUCUUGGAGCAAGUUAUCCAAACCAACUACAAAAAGAAGUAUUUGGACAACCACUGGGACUCAACAGCACUUACUGCGGCUCGAACGUGUCAACAAGAAGCAGAGACUAUACCGAUUCAACAAUAUUCGACCACGGAUGGUAAGCAAACAAGCCUGAUUCCUUAUGCUUUUAUACUGUGCCUUCGGAAAAAAAUGAUUGAGGGUUGCAAGUCUUACAUUGAUAGCCCUGGCUGCAUCAAAGCAAAGGGUUUGCUGCAAAAGUGCAAGUUGGAAGAUUUUUGGAGACAACUUCAACAGGGAGGACCCUCCCCUGGAUCUGGCACCAAUUCAAUUAAUGACGACGGCAUGUCAAAUGGAGACAAUGAAAUGUCAUCCACUCAGCAACCAGAAAACAAUAACAACCAAGGAAACGAAAAUAACAUGCCGCAAGAACCGCCACAACCUGAGGGUGAGCCUCCGGCAGAACCCUCGCCUGAGGCUGCAGCAGAAGAGCCAGCUCCUGAAGAGCAGCAACCAGCAGCGGAGGAAGCAGCUCCUGCUGAAGAGGUGCAAGUUGCUCCUGAGGAACCGCAGCCUGAUGCUGAAGAGGCGCAAGUUGCUCCUGAGGAACCGCAGCCUGCUGCUGAGGAAGAGCCUCCGGCUGAGACACCAAAUGAAGAGCCUCCGGCAGAGGAACCGCCAGCAGAAGAAUAGCUCGAGUUUUUUUUUACGAUUUUUUACGCAAGAUUUAAGAGUUAAAAGGUCUCGUUUUGUGUGUAAAAUAUUUAAAUCAGAUGAAAUAAACAAAUUCGG